AUGCCCGUGCUGUCCGCUCGUGUUCCACGUGCCCGUGCUGUCCGUACCCGGUUGUGCCCCACCCGUUUCACCCGUGCGUCCCGUGCUUCCCGUGCUGCCCCCGUGCUCCUGUGCUGCCCCUGUGCUCCCGUGCUGCCCCUGUGCUCCCGUGCUGUCCCCGUGUUCCCGUGCUGCCCCCGUGUUCCCAUGCUGCCCCCGUGCUGCCCCGUUCAGCCCGUGUUCUGCCCUGUUCUGCCCGUGUUGUCCCGUUCAGCCCGUGUCCUGCCCCGUUCAACCCGUGUUCUGCCCUUUUCUGCCCGUGUUGCCCCGUUCAGCCCGUGUCCUGCCCCGUUCAGCCCGUGUUAUGCCCUGUUCUGCCCGUGUUGCCCCGUUCAGCCCGUGUCUGCCCCGUUCAGCCCGUGUUUUGCCCUGUUCUGCCCGUGUUGCCCGGUUCAGCCCGUGUCCUGCCCCGUUCUGCCCGUGCUGCCCCGUUGUGCCCGUGUUGCCCCGUUCAGCCCGUGUCCUGCCCCGUUCAGCCCGUGUUCUGCCCUGUUCUGCCCGUGUUGCCCCGUUCAGCCCGUGUCUGCCCCGUUCAGCCCGUGUUUUGCCCUGUUCUUCCCGUGUUGCCCGGUUCAGCCCGUGUCCUGCCCCGUUCUGCCCGUGCUGCCCCGUUGUGCCCGUGUUGCCCCGUUCAGCCCGUGUCCUGCCCCGUUCAGCCCGUGUUCUGCCCUGUUCUGCCCGUGUUGCCCCGUUCAGCCCCCCGUGUCCUGCCCCGUUCAGCCCGUGUUCUGCCCUGUUCUGCCCGUGUUGUCCCGUUCAGCCCGUGUCCUGCCCCGUUCAGCCCGUGUUCUGCCCUGUUCUGCCCGUGUUGCCCCGUUCAGCCCGUGUCCUGCCCCGUUCUGCCCGAGUUGCCCUGUUCAGCCCGUGUCCUGCCCCGUUCUGCCCGUGUUGCCCUGUUCUGCCCGUGCCGCCCCGUUCUGCCCGUUUGUGCCCUACCCGUGCUGUCCGUACCCGUUCGUGCCCCACCCGGUCUGUGCUGCCCGGUCUCGUACUGCUCGUCACCCCCAUGCGGCCCGUCCCGUACAGCACCUAGUUGCUACCCGAACCCGCUACCCGUACCCGUGCUCCUCGCACACCGUGCACCAGCUGCGGGGCGUUCAACCGCAGCCGGGCACCUGUUCCACCGCGGUGGUUCAGAUGCUGCUUGGUGGUUGCUGCUUGUCAGCUUCAGAGGGGGCCCCUUGCUGGUGUUCCCACGCCCUGUAA